CAAUUGCCACAUUGCGCAUGAAUGAUGAAUUGUUCAGGUCGUGUUUUUUAGUUUAGUAAUUGCCAAAGCUGUCGAAGAGAGAAGUCGGGGCUCCGGAAUAAUUUACAUACUAGUAGACAUUCAGUAAUAAUCAACAAACAGUAAUGGCCAAAAGUUUAAGAAGCAAGAAAGAGCGUACCAAGCGUCGGGAAAAGCGCAAGAAUGACAGAGAACCCAGAGAACGAGCCCGCCUAAGAAGACUUGCUGAAGCUGCUCUUGCACGAGAAGCACAAGAAAAGCUGGAAGCAGAGGAGGAAGUGCCGACUGGACCACCUCGUAGCAGAAAGCAGUUGGUUAGAUACAAUCACGUUCGGUCCAUGCGAAGUGGGCCGAGACACUACGAGACACAGGAGAUCAUCAGGAAGGAAUAUAUUCCCAAACGCCGCGACUACGAAAAAUUCUACGAUAAUAUAGAUGGCGACUCUGACGACAACGACGUUUUAUCAGACUCUGACACUGAGUUUCAGGAGGUCAGCAGGUGCCUGGACAAACGAACUCCAGAGGCCAAGGAAAGAGCCACGGAUUUGGACGGAGUUGUUGAAAGGAAGCUAUGGAAGUUGAAGUACAAGCGAGGCACUUUGCCAAAGUGGUUAAGUAGGUUAGAUCAUAAGAAAAUGAAGCAGUACAAAAAGAAUGGUGUUGCUGAAGACGAUUUAAUAUUUGACCAUGCUUGAGUCCAGUGCGACAACGAUAAAAAAAAUUCUACA